AAUUAUUGCAAAUAUAAAAUUUGUUCAUGUGCACACGUUAUUAUAACGAAACGAGUUCAACACCCAGUAUAAAAUGAAGUGUCAAGUGUGGCCGUAGCAUAAUAUUAUGAGAGGUAAACUGAGUAAAACAUUGAUUCAUUUGAGUUUGAAUUGUGUACCAAAACAACCACAGCGAACUAUGGCAUCAAAACCAUUGAGCUUAGAAUCAUUGCAGAAGCUGCAAAAAGACUAUUAUGCAGACCGUAAGAAUGAAUUGGCACAAAAUGUCUGCACUCGUUUUGAUCCAUUUGAAGUUGCUAUUAGCAGAAAGAGGACAAGCACUGCCUUACAUGUAUAUAAUAUUAAGGUUGAAAGUGAAGCAAAGCCAGUGACAAACCAGGAGAACUCAGGAAGAUGCUGGCUUUUUGCUGCACUCAAUGUGAUGAGGCUACCAUUUAUGAAGAAAUACGGCCUGGAGGAGUUUGAAUUCUCACAAAGCUAUUUAUUCUUCUGGGAUAAAAUUGAGCGCUCUCACUUCUGGCUGAACAAUAUUGUGUCAACGGCAAAGCAAGGAGAAUCUCUAGAUGGAAGACUGGUCAAUUUCUUGUUGAAGGAUCCAAUAAAUGAUGGAGGUCAAUGGGAUAUGAUAGUGAAUCUCGUCAACAAGUAUGGUGUGGUGCCCAAGAAGUGUUUCCCGGAGUCGUUUAGCUCUAGGAAAAGUUUACAUAUGAAUGCCAUUCUGAAAACCAAGUUGCGUGAAUUCGCCAAGGAAUUGCGUGAAAAAGUUGCCGCUAAGGCGACAGACGAAGAAAUACGGAAAACUAUCGACGGACAAAUCACGUGCAUCUAUAACAUUGUCGCUACGUGCUUGGGAACACCGCCAGAAAAGUGCACACUAGAGUUCUACAACAAAGAGAAGCAAUACGUGAAGAUGGGGCCCGUGUCGCCGAAACAAUUCUACGAAGAGUACGUCAAGCCGCUUUACAAUGUUGAUGAUAAGGUUUGUCUAGUGAGUGACCCGCGGGAAUCGAAUCCGUUUGGACAUUUGUACACACUGCAAUGUCUCGGAAACGUGGUGGGGGGACGCGAGACCGCAUACAACAACCAGCCCAUUGAAACGCUCAUCAAGGCAGUGGUAGACAGCAUAUCCGGUGGCGAAGCUGUCUGGUUCGGGUGUGAGGUUUCCAAACGGUUCGAGAGGGAGAACGGCCUCGAGGAUUUGGACGCACACGACUACAAGCUAGUGUUCAACACGGAGGUGCAGGUGGGAUUGAGCAAGCCUGAUCGACUGCUGUACGGGGACUCGUGUAUGACGCACGCCAUGGUGUUCACAGCCGUGGGGACUGACGAAAAUGGUGUUCCGGUGAAAUUUCGUGUAGAGAACUCUUACAGCGACAAGAAUUACGACAAAGGCUACUUACUGCUCACCAAUGCAUGGUUUCGCGAGUUUGUAUUCGAGGUGGUAGUAGACAAGAAAUUCGUUUCCCCCGAAGUGUUGGAGGUGUUCAAACAAGAGGCUGUGGUGCUGCCUGCGUGGGAUCCCAUGGGUACACUCGCCUGCCCACUCUGUGGACACCACUGACGAUAUCGAUAAUCAACCGCCACGAUAUCUAGAUCAAAUUGUCCACUAAAUUUAGUAAUAUAGACCGUGCAUUCAAGCCCAUUUCAUCACUUUGUUUAGACACUUGUCACACCGUCGGCGUGAAAGCGAUUACUACCCGGUUACGUGAUCUCCGGACCUGACGUCACAACGUUGCUUUGUGUACGGUUUAAAACAAGCAUCACUAGGAUAUUAUUACUAAUGAAAAAACAACGAUUUAUUUUAUCAGUAUUGUAAUGUUCCACGUUUGGUCAGGAGUGAAACACCUAACCUAUUUCUAAGUAGCAUUACACCCGGGGACGUCCGCUCGCAAGCGAUAGCCGAUUGGAACUGGCCUUCCGGCUCCGCUGUACUGUGCAUUCCUUAUAUAGCACUCAACGUCACUUAUGUGACUUAUGAUUGUUAACACAUACUCAGUUCAGACUAGAUGUCAAUACACGACAAGUAUUAUAGAUUGAUGUGAAGGUGUGAUUCUGAUUAUUAUUAUAAUUAAUUAUAAUCAAUGAAAGAAUUUGGGUUAAGUUAAAAAAAAACUGGUAGAACUAUUCUAGCGACACAGAAACUACAGAAUUAUUAACAACAAAAGUCUGAACGUAACAAUAAAAUAUUCAAACACAAAGUAGUGAUAGCACGAAAAUACACGUGUACCUAACGGUAAUAAUAAUAGUAAUAUCAUUUAUUUCAAGAUUAUAUGUACGUUAAAUACUUUUAUUUGUACACUUUUAUUUUUGAAGCUAAUGUCUAUUCGUUAUAUUAUCCAAGCUAUUCACUACAUUUAAAACAAUAUUGGAACUUUUACUUAACUAAUGGUUUUUUUUUUCUAAUUACUGCAUUAAAAUCAUUUACCCUGUACAGUGUAAACAUUAUGGAAGCGAUACUUAUAUUGAACUCUUAAGAUGUUCGUGGCCUUACGCUUAUAAUCAACCCAGAGAUUGUUUGAAUAAAAAGACUGACAGUAUGAGGUAAACAGAAGCUUAUUAAAAUUUUUACUGCACUGCUUAUCUUCAUCAUAUUCGAUCUAACAGCUGAACAUCGCCUUUCUCUCUCUCUCUCUGGUAAUGAAACUGCCGACCGUACUACCGCAAGAGGACUAGUGCAAGGGGGUGAAAGGGGAACGGGAGGGUGCUUCAUGUUCCAGCGAGAUCCAGAGAUAAUGUGAACAUAACAGCUACCGUUUGCUAGCUAUGUGCGUCUCGCUUAGCUCGUUUAUCGCCGGCGGUGUGACUAGUGCCUUUUCUUAAGUAAUUGAUUUUAUAAACACUAAUCACAGUCGUGCCUUUUCAUGGUAAGCAAUAUGUUAUGAUAUAUUAAAUAACCCACGUGUGUUACAUAAAAUAUAUUAAGUAGGUAGAUAAUACUGUAUCAUUAUUAUUAUUUAUCUACCUUAUAAGUUACCAGACAUAUUUUUCAUAUUUUUUGUAACUUAACAAUUGUUGUAAAAAUGUAUACGAGAGGUUUUUUGCUAAGUUUAUACAAUGCAAUACAAAUGCUAGAUACUU